AUGGCAGAUCAGCGAACGAGACAUGCGGAGAAAAGACAUGGAGGAGUUAGAAACGAUCGUCGAGUGAAUAAUGACCCAAGGACUCGAACUCACGGUAAACAAUUCUUUGUUAAAGGUCGUGUUUUUAAUACUUCAUCCGAAGACGGAAGUGGUCUGUCAAGUCAGACAUUUCUUGUCAUACGAGAAGCUCAGGAAAGUUCGGAUGAUCAGGGGACUCAUUGUACCUGUCUGUCUGUUUCGCCGUUGAGAAAAGACUUGGAUUUGUCAGAAUGUGGAGUCCUUCAUGCCAGCUCUACCUCACCUCCAUCAAUCAAGGGAGUCAAAUUCAAACCACUUCAAGUCGUUGUUUCGAGAGAUGUCAGAUUUGAUGCCCCAAUGCUGGUUAAUUAUAUUAAUAUGUUUAAUGUGGAUACGAAUUCCCAGGUGAACGAUGUUGGAAAAUUACGACCGGAAUCAUUGCAGGAUUCUAUGGAUAAUUUUAAGGAAUCUUUGUUUGAUUCGCCAAUGGAUAGAGAUGGGAGAAAUAAUAAACAGGGGAGGAGAAAGGGGAAGAGUGAAGAAGGGAGUAGCAAAUUGCAGCAUGGACAUCGAGAUCAAGGCAAACCAUAUUCUAAGGGUCAAAUAGCACCUAGUGCACGCUCUGCAGCCACGACUCCAUCUGGUCCUGGUUCCAGCCCUGGUUCUGGUUCUGGCUCUGUACCUAAUGGAGCUGGGUCGGAAGCUACAAGUAAAAGACCUAAACUGCGUAAUCUGGAAGUACCACAACACACGAAAAGACAAAAGCCAAAAGGAGCAUCUUCUUAUGAUUCAGAUGGAUGGAAAGAUGGUUCAAAUUCACUAACAAGAACAAGAAGUGCAGAAAAUAAGAGAUUACAGGAUACUAAGAAUCAUCAACACAAGCAGGCUCCUCCUCCAGUAGACCAAGCCCGUGGGACCAAGGAUCGCUAUGGAAGAGAAAUACCAACAAAGCGAGCAGAAGAAGGAGAGAUACCCAAGGGUUCUUCACAUGCAGAUAUGCCACGUGGUAGAGGAGAUGAAAGGACAGGUAAACCGACGGUAAAUUCGCAACCACAUUCGCCUACCAAGCGAAAUCUUAAUCAUCGUCGAGAUGGCGACGAUGUUCAAAAAGCUUCUAAUUCUGGAGUUCCUGGUUCUGUUCCUGUUAAUUUUGAGGAUUCUUCUGAUAGAGAUAAUAGAGGAAGACAGCGGGAUAGAAAUUAUCCAGGAGCUGCAAGGGAUAUGGUACCAUCACGAAGAGAGGAUGCUCAGAGGAAAAAUGAUCAUUUACGGGGAGAUGAUGGUGAGCCUGUGAAUUCUGGAUCUCGUGCUCAGUCUCCUGAUAGAGUAGUUCAUGAUGGUAAACAGGGUUAUGGAUCAGAGAAAGAAGAUAAUGACGCUGUAGAUGGGAGACAUGGUCACAAGGGAAAAGCUCCGUCUUCUGAUGCCAGACGCGCUGUCCCAUCUUCAACGGGAAGAAGAGACAUGCCGCAGGAUGGAACUUCUAGAGAUGUGCUUCCUUCUGAUGAAAAUCGUAGUCAGGCAGGAAAUAUCAAAAAUGAGCAUUCUAUACCUGGCAACGAAAAUACCGGACGAUCAUUAGAUAGAACAAAACCUGACCCCCGUUCUAUGGCUACCGAAACAAGUCUACCUAACAAACAUCGACCUGACGAAUUACCUGGACGUCAUAGAAAAGGAUAUCCAACAAAUGGUAGCGAAAAUCAUGGACAAGCACCUAAUCACAGAUUUCAGAUGUCCAAUAGUCCACCCUCAUCAGGCCCAUAUGGACGUGAAAACUCUCAGUCUGAUACAGGUAAUCGCCAGCAAGUGCGACCUCCGGGAAAUAAUACUCCUUAUCGAUCAGAACCUGGAAGAUCUAAUUAUAAUGAACAGCGUCCUGUUUCUCCUAGAUGUUUUGGACAAGGGGGUGGUUCUUCGGGUCCAGCGGGGGGUGCUGCGGGUGGAGAUGGAUAUUCGAGGUCACCUCCGCGGGUUCCUUCUCGAGAGGGAGGAUCGCCUCCUCGUGGAGAAUCGCCACUAAGUGGGAGAGGAAUACCUGGGAGGGAUACUUCUCCUGGUAGAGAUCUGCCGCCACUGAAUACCCCUGGGUCUAGAUCUUCAGGUGAUGAUUUUUCACCCACGGGAAGUUUAUCACCCAUGAGGGAAGAAUCUCCAGCUGGUGAAUCACCUGGUUCAUCGUCUGUUAUGCCAGAUGGCUCAUCUGGUGGUUCACCAGGUAGUCUAUCAUCGGGUAAUUCAAUGGCUGGUGAUUCACCAGGAGGAUCGCCCGGAGAAUCACCCGAUGAAUCUCCAGAAAGCCCGCAAGAUUCCCCAUUAGACUCUGAAAUGGGCUCUCCAAUAGAGUCACCUGUAAAUUCUACAGCAAGUGGAUCUCCUCUCGAUUUAAUCCAGGAACAAUCCCCAAUUGAAGAUUCUUCAUAUCGCUCACCAAUGGGUAGUGAACCCGCCAGUCCAGCAAUGACGGAAAGAUCGCGAUCUUUAAGUCCUCAGUCUCGCAGAAGAUCUCCAUCUGGAGGAUUUUCUCCGGGUUCAGUGUCAGAGUCUGAGUUUCCUAGGAAUUCUAGUCCUGGAGGUGAAUCCGGAAGAGAUGGAGGAGGAGUCAUCAGAAGACGCGGUCACAAAGGUAAUUCGAGAGGUUCGAUUGAUGAGGGACAGUUAUCAUCAUCUAAUCAAGAAGUUGAUAAUGAAAAUCCUUAUUUAAAUAAUGAUAAUGAUGAUAAUUAUAAUGAUGGAUGUUGUGGUAAUGGUUUCCUUGCUUGGUGUAAAAGUUUUUUGGAUUGGUGGAAUGGUGUUGGUCGGGAACAGGAAGAGUGGAUUCAAAUGGAUGAUCGGGAGGAUAAGGGGGGAAGGAUGGAGAAUUCUGAGGCGAGUCGUGGUGAGGAUAGUGGAGAUUCGGGUUCGGUGGGUAGUGGGUUGGAUGAUGGGGACUCUUGUUCGGGGAAGAAUCCGUUUGGUGGUGGGGAGGAUGAGGAUGAGGAUGGAGAGGAGGAUGAUGAUGGGAGUACGGUGGUUGGUGAUGACGGGGAUGAUAGUGGGGAUGAUUCAGAUGAGGAAAAGAGUGCUAAUGAUUUGGAUGGUGAUAGUGAUGAUGAGAAUGGCUCUGAUCAAGAAAAUUCUGAUAGCGAUGCUUACUCGGAUUCUGACGUAGAAUCUACUGAUGAAAAUGAAGAUGAAACAGAAUCCAAGAAUUCUUCAGCCGCAACUUCAAGGCGGUCAUCCACAGCCGUAGCUUCAGAGUCUGAUCAUCAAGAUUCUAUUCACCAAUCUCCUAACAAUCAAACCGAAAACUCACCAGAAAAUAUCUACCCAGCAAAUAAUCAGCACAUACAAACACCACAAGAUACCUAUAGUUAUGCACCUAACGACGAUCGCUCAUACAUGGGUCAACCCAAUUACCCAUCUCAAAAUACCUACACCACAAAUCCAAACCCCAACACUAUCCCACCACAAGAACUAGAAACCGCCAACCCAACCACCCAGCACUCCACCGAAACCAGCACAAACCCCUCCCAAAACAUCCCCUCAAACGCCGUAGAACUAGCAACAGACAACAACGACCCUUAUCCACCACCCUACACACACAUGCCCUUGACCCCACACCAAUUAUCCCGACCACGCUCCACACGCUUUGAGCUCGCUUCUGAGCGCGACCCCGUAGAAUUAGAUGUUCCAUCUAUUGCUCCCACAACGGCAUCAACUUCACGUGGAAAAUCUGAACUUUUUCUUCCGCCUUCGUUGACGCCUGGGGUGGUUACUCCGAAUUAUGGCGUUUUUCCUUCUUUUUCUGCGAGAACGCAGACGCCUCAGGGUGGUUGGAAUGCGAAUUCUUAUCAUGUGCAUUCUCCUCCCCCGACACGCUCGGGGAGUGGAAGUGGGAGUGGAGCUAGAACUGGAACUCCGUCUCGGAAUCAAUUUGGGGUUGUGCCUUAUAAUAAUAAUUAUGAAGUACAAACGCAAAUGCAAAUGCAAACGCAACCGGCAUUACGAGAACCGAUGAAUUAUUCUUCGCAGAUGGUACCACGGGUAGAUAGUUCAGCGCAUGUACAUGUUUAUCCUCCUGCUCCGAGAUAUGAUGCUAGAGGGAAUAAAUUCGUGGAUGGGAGUGGGAAUUCUGGGGGCAUUUUUGGUGCUGCGGAUUUUAAUGCGUCGUCUACUUAUGUUCCGGGGAGAAGUGAGGAAAGAUCUAGAGCGCCAGGUUCGGUUGGGUAUGUGGGAAGCGGAAGAAGUGUUAGUAGGGACGAGGAUACUGAGUCGGAUUUUGGUGGGGAAAAUGAGGGGGGUGAUAAUGAGAGUGAUAGCGAUAGUGAUAGUGAUGAAGAUAGCGAUCUUGAUAGUGGAUUUGGGACGUAUGAUGAUGAUUUAGUUGGGAGAGAGGAUGAUUUUCAGUUGGGGAAUUCGAAUUAUGGUGGACCUGAUGGUUUGAGUGGUUCGGAUUCUUUACCGGGGAGCGUUGGUAUAUCUACUCAUGCUCAUACUCCUGUUCCUGCGAGAGAAGGAUAUUAUAGUAAUAAUACUCCUCCAAAUGGAAAUGCAUAUACUGCGUAUACAGCAUAUAAUCAAACACCUCCACCUCCACAUUCCAAUCAACAAUACAGAAAUCCUCCACAUCCUGGGUUUUUAUCUUCAGCUUCUUCAGCUUCCUCAGCUUCUUCAGCUCCUUCGCAUCCUAUGUAUAAUACGUACCAUGGGCAGAGAGAAGUUGGAAUGGGAGAUAAAUCGGGUGUAGAACAGGUUGUGGGAUCGAGAGGUAAGCGAGAUGUAUAUGGGGAAAAUGUGAGAUUACCUCGUUUGGAUGGGAAAGCUGGGGAAGGUCGGGAAGAUAUUAGGGGGAAAAGUGGAAAGGAGAUGAAGAAGGGAAGGGGAAAAGAAAAAGGAAAGGAAAGAAGGGGGAAAGCGGAAAAUCCGAAGAAAGAUAGGCUGCCUGUAGAUUCGUCACCUUUGGAUAAUUCUUAUGAUGGUGGAAAGGGGGAUCCUGAAAUUUCGGGGGGUUCGAGGCGGGGUGGACGGGAGAGGGAGCGGGAGCAGAUAUCGGGGGAAUAUGAGAGUGGGAGUGAGAGUGAUGAGGAAGUGGGGGAAGUAGAAGCGGAGGAAUUAGAAGAGGAAUCAGAAUCUGAACCUGAAGAAGUAGGAGAGGAAGAUAGCGAUAUGGAACUCAUAAUCUAG